CGCCUACGUCACGUGUGGUGUUGCAGCAGAGCAGUCCAGACCAGCAGUUCGCCAUUGUGAGCCGAAGCAUUGAGCAGCUCUCUGAGGUAACCGCGCGAAGUCCGCAGGAGCGGUUUUUCUUACGCAGCUUCCUGGCCGUGAGGUAAGACAAGACGAUGUCUUCUCCAAGCGCUGGGAAGAGGCGUAUGGAUACCGACGUCAUUAAACUCAUUGAAAGCAAGCACGAAGUCACCAUUCUCGGAGGCCUGAAUGAAUUUUGCGUCAAGUUCUAUGGCCCAAAAGCAACACCUUACGAGGGAGGCGUCUGGAAAGUCCGAGUCGACUUGCCCGAGAAGUACCCUUUUAAGUCUCCAUCAAUAGGGUUCAUGAACAAGAUUUACCACCCAAACAUCGAUGAAGUGUCUGGCACUGUGUGCUUGGACGUCAUCAACCAAGCAUGGACGGCGCUUUAUGAUCUGUCCAACAUCUUCGAGUCGUUCCUGCCGCAGCUGUUGACCUACCCCAACCCCAUUGACCCUCUGAAUGGUGAUGCAGCAGCGAUGUACCUGCACAAACCAGAGGAGUACAAGAAAAAAGUUCAAGAGUACGUCAAGAGGUUUGCCACGGAGGAGGCGCUGCGGGAGCAGGACAACGAGUCGUCAAGCAGCGAGAGCUCCAUGAGUGAUUUCUCGGACGACGAGACCAAAGACAUGGAGCUGUAAUACUUCGUGCACCAGUCUGCCCGACAAAAUUCACGGACACACACACACCACUCACACAUAACAGAGAAAAGCGCGGAGGCCGGGGAAAAAUGAACGAGACAAGACGCGAGAGCGGCCAUCGCCUUUUUUCCCUUCUUCACCUGCCUCUGCCAUCGGAGCGCCAUCUUCUCACUUUCCCGAGCGCCACCCCCCGUUUCCUGGCCACCACACAUCCUCCGCAGCCGAAUUUUCACUUCCGCAACCACCAUUGUCUUCUUGCACCCAGCUGCCACGGCGCGGCGGAAACGUCGUGCGUUUCGCCGGCUUCGACCCCGUGGCACUGUGAAAUCUUCUGCCUGGUUUCGACAUCACCAGCCUCCUGCCAGUGGAACGUGCAAAGACAGCAACCACGUGGUGGGACUUUCCCUGCUCCCCAUGCAAGAAAAACGUUGCGUCUUGUUGUCGUGUUCCCCGCGUGCGUGUCGUCGUGGUGUUCCCCUGCGUCCCUCACUCUCUACUUGCUUCUUCGGGUGGUGAGAAAAGCGCCAGCCAAGCCGGGAAUGUACGUGCGUGUGUGUGUGUGUGGCGUGCCUCAUGUGGAUGCGCUUGUGUCCCACUCUCGCCGCCCCCCUCUGCAUGCCUAUAGCCGUGGCAAGAGAAUGUCCCGCUUCUCGACCGCUCACUUUUAGCUCUUUUUUUUCUCUCUGGGUUCGCGUUUCUCGCGGGGGCCACGGAUUCGGUUGGUCAUUACCAGGGGUUCCGGGGGACAUCUUCGUUUUGAUGUGCGCUGAUUAUGUGACGUGGUAGAAGCGGAUGCAACAAUAAGAGUGGUGCGUUUCUCAUCAGCAUCACUCUCUGGCAUCGCGGCAUUCCUUGGCUGCGUCGACAGGAUACCUGUCGCACUCAACAUAGCGCGAUGCGGAAGAUGGAAGUAGCUCCUCCCCCCCGAAACAACCGGUUUGAUAAUGUGGCUUUCGCUGUUGUGCAUGCAGUCUAAUAUUUUAUCGAGGACUAUUCUGCUAGAGAAGCAUUACAGCAAGUCUUGAAGGAAAAAGCUUUCUUUCUUUUUUCGCAGGAGGCUUUAUUUUUCACCUGAUCUUCGGGAGUAUGGCAACUUUUUGAGCACUUUCGCUUGAAUGUUGCUUCUUUCGUCGACGCUUCGUCCUUUAUUUUCUUUUCCUUCAAACCAUCCAUUGACUGGUUUGCCUUUGAGGAUCAAGGCAGUUCUACUAGCCGAGCCUCUUUGACGUUGAGUUCCGUAAGAUUGUGCUUCUCUUCGUCAGUUUUUCAUUCGUUGCUGCACAGUUAAUGUUGCCAUCAUGCGAGGUUCUUCUCCGUUGUCUAAAUACUUUUAGUUGCGUGGGCUGGGGCCCCAGUUUUUAUUCGUUUGCACGGUGUGUAAAUUAUUUUUUUUUAAUCGUCGAUGAGUGCAUAUUGUUGGCUGUUGGGUCACGCAGGGUUUAGCAUGGGCCAACUUCAUUGUCAGCACUUGAGUCCAGCACAGUAAAUGUGUAUUCGUUGGUAGUUGUAUAAUCAAAAUGAAUCGAGGAACGACAGGCUCUCUCUCCAAGGCUGUUGUGUAGCUAUGGUGUCAGUUCGUUGCCUCCAAUACAUUUUAGUGCGUCUAUAGAUUGUGCGAUCAUUGUGGCGGAUGAUUUUGAAUGCGUAAUUUGUGCCUUUAUGUAGCAAUUGUUUGACCUAGCAUCACAUUGGUAUCUGCUUAGCCGAGAAUGCAGCGCUUCACUCGGUUUGCCUGAAACUGGCGUUCCGGAUGGCUUUUGUUUCGAACGGUUAGCCCUUUAGCUGGCGACUAGAACCGUGGUCUUGCCGCGCAACUCGCGAAUGUCAGAUAAACCACGGUGCGUCGUUGAACGCGCCCUGCUGUCCGCGAUUUCUAGUGUGCAUUUCUAGCGCCUCGCUCUCCGUUUGUCUGAGGAAAGGGGGUUGGGGGGGGGGGGGGAUUGUUUUUGGAAAAAAAAAACACGAUUCAUUCAAGCUCCUCCAUAGUCACGAUCGUCCUGUCCGAACGGUCACGUGUGCGUGUAUUCUUGAAACGCCCGACCAAACGAAAUUGCGCUUUUCACCAUUUGUGAAUGUCUCUCAUCCCACUACUCCACAACGCACGCCCGAGUGAUUAAUGGGCAGAUAGAAAAAUGGCGCAUCUGCGAAUGAGAGAAAGUGCUUUUUUGAGCAUUUUUGUUUUUUUAACUUAUUUCGAAACACAUCACACAACUCAUGCAAUGGCUCUUCAAUAAGAAACACAGCAGACAGCAUGCACUGUAGUUAUUGUUUCAUUACCACGACGUGUGGCACUGGGUUCAUUGCGAAAACCGGGCACUUUGGGGAACUAUGGGAAGAAUGAUUGAAGAUUUUUUUUUUCUUUGUGCUCGGUAGCGUCAAACAAACCAAACUGUGAUAACUUCACUAAGAGUGGCCACUUGCAGGGAAGAGAUUGCAGAGCGUGCCCCAGUUUUUUGUUUCAAUUUCCUUUAACUGUCGCAAGCUGUUGGGAGUUGUGCCGUAUUGUUGUCGUUUCUUGCGUAUCUUACUACUGCAAAAGUUGGACAUCAAUAUUAACGGAAUCGUCGCGUAUCGGCACUAUAUUGUUUUUGUGCUCGACUGGUGUGGCGUGUCUCACAAGCAGUGCAAUCUCGUAAACAGCCAGUGGAAUUGUGUGCGUGGUGGCUGUGUUACCAAAAUUUCCUUCCUGAUAUCGCCGGCACCAGACUAUCUAUAAAGUAGGUGUUUGCACCUUAAAGCAUUCUGUUCUACAUACAUUUUCUCCUAAUAAGCUGCAGAAAACGACAGACAAGCAGACUCUCUUCCAUCUCCAGGAACCGGCGUUGAAAUACCUAUUGUAGCUUUAAACUUGAUGCUUCCUGUAGCACACAUUGAUGUUGAUGAUAUCAUAAUGUUUGCUUGCGUAAUCUACAUGCAGGACACGUAAUUGCGACAUAUUCAUGGUGCACGGCAUCAACACAUUUACGUUACACCUAAUGAUGAUUGUUUUCGUCUCUGCUGAAAUUAUAUGCCUAAUUGUCGACCUUAAUUGAUCGUAUUCACUUAUAUAAAUUUUAUAAUACAACUUGCACAAUAUGAAACAUACAUACCGACACUCAGCUAUGCAUCAUUGAAAAUGUGUUCCACUUGUCUUGAUAUUGCAGUGGGAAUCUGUGGGCAUAGUUUCCUACAAUAUUUACCAGAGGGAAAUGUGGCGCUGUAAUCAUUUAGGCACCGUGGGAAUGAUGGGAAGUACAUGGAUUUGCCUAGCGUUCAUGCCUGCAGCUUCGAGCUCACUUGUGGCUUUGUUUGUUGUUGUGGUUUGGCUUUUAUUUCAGAUAAAAGAAUGGCUCAUUGUGAACCUCGUGCACAGAUUUGGAUUGGUCAACCUAAAAGGGUCAAAGCAGUGAAGUGGAACUGCCGAACUUACGCUGCAUUGCGGCAAAGCAGCUACAGGCCACAUGGAGCCGAAAGAAUGAAGCUUAGGCAAAUCCAUGUACUACCCUUCAUUCCCAUGCUGGCUGAAGCGUCGUGCGUUCCAGCUCCCAUAGACACUAGCGCCAGAUUUCCAUCUAGUGUACUAUUAUGAAACAUUAUGCCUGUGGGUAUUGCUGCUUUAGUAAAUGACUGAUCACAUUGCACAAAGUGGUACCUCGUUAACACAGUCGCGCGCACAUUUCCGCCGGCAUGACGGCGAGUGGAAGAUGUCUCGAAGGCGACGGUUGUAAACAAGUUUCUCUGACGCACAGUUUUGCGGGGGAGGUGUGCCUUCAAAAGGCGGCAAUUUUUUUUUUUUUCGUCUUCAUCCGGCAUGUUGCAAGCGCGUGCGCGCAUGGGAUUGGAGCGCCGCAGUGUUGAGUAGCAAGGUCACCUCCGCCGCAGUUGUUUAUUUCUCCUCACCAGUGCCGUCUCGUUUACUGAGGCUUCCUUCGGCAGUUUGCAGCAGUCAGCGUGUGAAAAAAAAAGUAGUUGGAUUUUCGACCGGUCCUGCAGCAGUUGUACGACACCAUUCGCGGACCGGUUUUUUUUUUUUUGGCGACGGUUUGCUUUUAUUUUUCUUUGUCUGGCAGGGGCCGUGCUUCUUGAGUAGUAUUGCCAGUGUGAACGUACGCAUCUUAAACCAUUGCUUGUCUCAAUCACUAUAUAGUCCUUUUUUUGUGUGUGUGUGUGCGAGUGCGAAGACACCAUAGUUCUAUAUGAAUUUAUAAAUAAAGCUAUAUCCAUCUUUUU